GAUUGUAACUGUUACAUUGUGAUAUGGCUGCGAAAUUUGGGUACAUUUAAUUUUGUAUUGGAAAUAACCCCGCCAUCCGCACACAACCUAAGCUCUAACCCCUCUAUGUACAUACCUAUCUGGGUACAUUGUAGGUAGUGACAUCUCAAUCAAUUGAAGUCCUCUCUUGCCUUGCGCUACCAUUGGAACGUACCUACAUGCACCUUAGGUAAUGCAAGCAACCGGUAUAAAUCUAAUAGGUUAGGUACCUAUUAUAUUCGUCUAGUCAUCUACCGCGAUAUAAAGAAUACACACAGCCCAUCUCAACUUCAGGGUGCGCCGAGAUUAAUCCAAGGAAGCGGGAAAGCAAACAAGCAAAAAUAAGAAAAUCAAAUCCUAGCGGGAGGAUGUCUAUCUCAAACGAGGCACUGCAGAAGUUGCUGCGGGAGGUUGAGACGCAGGCGAUCGCAGCGCAGCAGCAAAUAUCCCUCGUCAGAACGCAACAAGCAUCUAAGCAGCGGGAGUUGCGAAUGGCGCAGCUAACGCGCAGCGAGAUAUCCUCGCUCCCGGCCGAUACUAACGUCUACGAAGGCGUCGGCAAGAUGUUUGUCGCCAUGCCCGUUGCCGAUAUGAAGAGCAAACUAGAGGGCCAGAUCAAGGAGGUGGAAGGCGAGGUGGACGGGCUCGGCAAGAGACUGCACUACCUCGAGGUUUCGCAGAAGAAUAGUAAGGACCAGAUAGACCGCAUGCUGAGGGGCGGUGUGGGCGCGUCUUAGAGUAAAAUGCAAAGAUUCUGGGUCCGGUUCGGAAGGGAGGGGUUUUUGGCUGCGCUGGCUACACGGAGGCCUGCCGAUCACGCGACACGGAACGCUGGCGCAGCAAAUGGGGGAAGAAGCGGAGGCGUUGUGCUAUGUAUUAGUAGUGCUGGAAGGCGAACAAUCAACCGUGACCCAGCUGCCCAGGCAUUAGAUCAGAUUUGAACCUCCCGGCCAAGGAGGCUGUUCACCGGUGGUUCGUGAUGCCUUAGUGCUUAUUUGUCUAUCUUACCCGAACACCAAAGCGGCUACUUGUGGAACAUAACUACAGUCAUAAACUUCUUGGGAGAGAAAAAGGGAAGAUGACAUGGUAGUAUGGAUAUGUGGUUCGCCACUAAAUUCAGUCAUUAAUCCUACCUUUAUGCGGCUCACUUUACUGAUUACUUCUAUAUAACUAGUGUAAGUACUUGUCACUUCUAAC